AUGGCCGUAGCAGCUCUCCCUAAUAAAAUAAUGAAGAAAUCACCUUUAACGCGCUCGGCGGUUUCGAACGAUUGCGCCCACCAUCCGCUUCUUACUGUUGCUACCUUGUUGACACGACGAUUCCUCUCGCCUUGGUUAUUCCCAGACUUCAGUUUCAAAAUCUCCAGUCAAGGGCAACAGUUUUUCAAACAACUUCAAGUAUUACAUGGAUUCACUCAUAAGGUGAUAGCAGAGCGCAAAGAAAGCCGCAAAAAUGCCGGAACCCAAGUAGAAACCGAAGAUAUUCCCGGUGUUAAAAAGAGGCGUCCUUUCCUAGAUUUAUUAUUGGAUUUGCAAGAGCAAGGAGGUGGUCUUACCGAUCAAGAUUUGCGGGAAGAAGUGGAUACAUUUAUGUUUGAGGGUACCGGGUUAAAUAGAAAAGGCCCUGGUCAAAUCUUGACCAUCUACAAUUGUAGACAAUUUACUAUGAUCGCGUGCGAGCACCUGAUACCAGCUGGUUGCAUGAUUCAGAUGUCGUUGUUCUAUUUGCACAGAGACCCGGAUCAUUUUCCGGACCCACUGAAAUUUGACCCCGACAGAUUCACACCGGAGGCGUCUCGAGGCAGACACCCAUACGCCUACGCCCCGUUCAGCGCCGGACCAAGGAAUUGUAUCGGUCAGAAAUUUGCUCUGAUGGAGGAAAAAGCUGUUCUGGCCACCGUGUUACGUGAAUAUGUAGUAACGACGUUAAAACCUCAGGAAACUUUAUGUGCCGAACUUAUAUUACGCCCUCCCGACGGCAUGCGCAUCAAAUUGCAACAACGCCAUACGGAACGCUAAAAUCCAAAUUGCUCAUUUAAAACUAUCUCCAAAUACAUUUACAUUAGUUAGACUGCAUAAUAUUGUUAGGCAGUCAGUUAGUCCAUAAGUUUCUUCAUUGAAGCCAUUAUUUAAAUCGCGUAAGAGUAAGUUCACAUAGAAUUAUUUUAAUUAAUUAAACG